CUUCGUGUCUGUGCACGAGAACUCAAGCCAGCCCAUGCUGCGCGUGUGUGAAUUUCACAACUCAUCCGAAUACCGAUAACCUCGUCACAUCAAAGAUACUUUCGUGUCAUCAAACUUGGAAUUUCUUACCUUUUUCAGCGCACUUGGUGCCCUUUCAGUAUUUGCGAAGAAACCAGGUGGAUGCUGCCAUGCCAUUUGGGUGCCUUGCCCUGCGGGACGGGCGGACGUACCACAGCCCGACGGAGAUCACUGACAAAUACGAGAUCGGGCAGGUCCUCAAAGCGAAAGAGUUCUGUGAGUUGUGUCUGGCGAAGGACCGACAGACAGACAAGGUCUACGUGUGCAAGAAGUUUUUCAAGAAGGAUGGCAGGAAAGUGCGAAAGGCCGCCAAGAACGAGAUCAUGAUCCUGAAGAUGGUCAAUCAUCCCAACAUCUUGCAGCUGAUCGAUGCGUAUGAGACCAAGAGAGAGUACUACAUCAUCCAGGAGCUAGCCACAGGUGGGGAUGUAUUCGACUGGAUCCUGGACCAAGGAAACUACACAGAACGUGACGCCUCCAAUGUCAUCCGUCAGGUUCUGGAGGCAGUGGCCUACCUUCACUCCCUCAACAUUGUCCACAGGAACCUCAAACUGGAGAACUUGAUGUACUACACGGAGAACAACCACAGUAAAGUUGUCCUGCGGGAUUUCUAUCUGUCCAAGUUUGAGAACGGCUCCAUCACAGAACCCUGUGGAACUCCAGAGUACCUUGCUCCUGAGGUGGUGGCGCGUCAUAGGUAUGGUAGGCCAGUAGACUGCUGGGCCGUGGGGGUCAUCAUGUACAUUCUAUUAUCAGGAAACCCUCCUUUCUUUGAUGAAACUGAAGAGGAAAAGACAGACCUGCAUAACCGCAUCAUCUUCUGCCGGAUAGUGGCAGGAGACUUUGAGUUCGACUCGCCAUACUGGGAUGACAUCUCUCCUGCAGCUAAAGAGUUGGUGUGCAGACUAAUGGAGGUUGACCAGAUGUUGAGGAUAACAGCGCAAGAUGCCUUAUGGCAUGAGUGGAUUGCUGGCAACGGAGCUUCAGAGAAAAAUCUUAAAGAUGGAGUAUGUGCCCAGUUCGAGAAAAACUUUGCCAAAGCCAAGUGGCGGGAAAUUAAGAAAGCAAUCCGUGUGACCACGUUUAUGCAGCGGCUGCGUAACUCUGAAAUGCUGACUGCCCAUGCAACAACAGACGACCAGACCACGGGGGUGUUAGACGACAGCCCAGAGAGCGAGGGUCCCCAGACGGACUUGGGGAGCGUUCCCACCGUGAGCGUCACAGUGGAGAACACGCCUGUGGAUGAUCCGGAGGACGAGGACAAAACCGAAAAUGUAGAGGAGAAAAACACAGAGGAGCAGACAAGCCGAAUAGGCAUGAUCCCUGUUACACCUUCAGUCGGUAUUUCGCCCUCAGCCACAGCAGAGCCCAUCGCCCAGCAAACCCCUUCCACAAAGACGCCAAGUGAGGAGCCAGACAAAGUGACCAGGAAAGGAGCUGGCGAGGGCACUCGUAAGAUAGCUGCAAGUUUAGGGCAAGACAAAGUACCCGGAGAGGUCAACAAGGCCCCUGCCACACCUGAAUCGACUAAGGUCCCAGAAUCCGCUGGGGUAAAGGUUUCACUCCAGCAAGAUGUUCCAUUGUCGAGUACCAAAGAGAAGAAACCCGCAUCCUCCCCUGACACCCUGAACCGUCGUAAAAUGGCAGCCAAUCUCUCCAUGGACCCUGGCCCCGAGCCAGCGGCCAAGACAAAAGCCGUGGCCACCGACAAAGACCAGACACCGCGACAGGAGGAAAAGGCGGAUUCAGGGAAGAAGCAAGAGAUGUCCCCGGGCAGCUGGUGCCAAACUCAGGUUCCGGAAGCAGUGGCGGAAAAGUCCGCAGUGGCAGAAGUAGGGCCCAGGACCAGAGAUCAGGCGGUAGGUAGAGCUGACGAGGCCAUGGUACACGGAACGCAGGUUCAGAGCUCCUACAAAAUUGUAGGUACGUCCAGUUUGGGACGGCACAAGCCAAUGUAUAGUCAGGAGCUGGGGGCCAGGGCUUCGGGUUACGCUAGUCCAUAUUGCUCCCCUUACUCUGUUGGUAGAGGGAGCUUGUACAGCACUUUGGAUCACCGUGGCACUGCGAGUGCUGAUUGGCAAAUGGACAGUGUGAUUGAGCAGAUAGAAAAACAAAUGGCCGCCGUUUUGGAGAAGAUUGAAGGAGACAUGCCCUCGCUACUCGAGCAAAUCAGCGACUGCCCCGAGACCCUCCCCAGGGCAAAGAGUGCCCAGUCCUCCCCCUCAGUGCACCCCCGCUCGUACCACCACUCGACCCCGCCACCCCUUCCCACCACCCCACGCCCACCUCUGCCCAACCUACCGCACCUGACCAUUCCACCACCCUCGUACCCUCCUCCCGCCCCGCCCAGUAAUGUCCAGGCACAUACCCAGCCAGUCACAGAGCAGGAAGACAGAGAUGGACAGAGGGGGACUGCGAGGUCUGGCCAAUCACCACACGGGGGGUUCUCUGGAAGGGGCUUAUGAGGCAGUUUAUCAUUUCAAUUGUGUGUACACUUUUAAUGACCCAUUUUUUGUGAUAACUGAAGGUUAUGGUAACUCACUGCUAUUGAUUCACACACAUAGCAUUAUGAGUUAUUUUUCAGUGGGUCCUAGCUGCACGUUUAAACUGUAACAUGUACUUAGGUCCAAAGAAUCAUCAAUGUUUGCAGAUGAGAUCAGUUUUUUUAGGACACAUUUAGAGUUUUUCAGACUGAAAGCUCAAAACAUAUAUAGGCUAUACUGCACAUCAACCCUGACUAGGACACGUCAGUCUCAGGGAUACAGAUCAAGUUUGUUUCAGUGUGAUGGAUAUUUUCAAAGCAUUAUGUUGUUACCUCCAUAAAGAAGGUUAUACUUUGGUUAAGUUUAUCUGUUAGUUUGAUGUUUGUCUGUCAGCAGGAUUACAUAAAAGCUAUUUAUUUUGAUGAAACUUGUGGGAGGGGUGGAGCAUGGUAGAACCUAUUACAUUUUGGCCUGGAUCUGCAUCAAAGCCCGGAUCCAGGAUGUUUUAUCACUCAUUUUCACGUUGCAAGAUGGGACAUGUUGGCCUUGUCGGAGGUCUGCACUCUCCAAUUGCUCUUCUGGUUACUUCUAUGUUGUUGUUAUUCUUCCACCAUAAUUUUGUCAGAUUUGACAAAAAAUUCUGACACUGCCGAGAAUUUCCUUGGUCUUGGAUUGUUUUGAUUGUGUUUAACCUAUAUUGAAGAGAUGCCCAUGUUCAACACAAUGCACCGUAUAUUUGUGUACGCCAACACCAUACAGUGCUGUAUAUUUGAUAUGUGUAUGUAUGCCAACACCAUACAGUAUUGCCUAAGAAAUUUGAAAACAUGAAAAUAGCUCAGUGAAGUCUGUGUAUACAAGGAGACUAAUCUCAGUAAAUAAUUUUACUUGUAAAUAUUUUGUGAAUAAUUGACCCAUGUUUCAUAUGACGACAGUGAUAUAAUUUAUCUUGUACAUCUUAUAACUGUGUUGCAUGUCCCCAAUGAAAUGUGCAAGGAUUAAAGCUGCCAUACCCAUCUGGUAAAAUAUAUUCAUUCCUUUCUGUACAGAGGCUACUCUUUGUUGUCUACUAUUUUGUUCCACUCACCUACAAAUUCUUCUACCAUUUAAAAUGUUAUUUAUUUCUUAAUUGUAAACUAAUUUAAUACACUGAAAAUAUGUAUUGCAUUUUGUUCAAUGUCACCCAUUGGUGUAAACUUUACCAACUUUACUGUAAAGUCAGUUUGUGGCACUUCACUUGUUUUAAGCUUGUUUCCUUCACCAUGUCAGUGAUAUGACCUUGAAAUAUUUAAGCUUUCUGCGCUAUCUGCUAGACAUUAAAUAAAAUGUUAAUUCCCAUCUGA